CUGAGCUGCCAGGAUCAUCUGCAAUCAAGCUCUCCUCCUUGCGUGAUCUUCCAGCUCAGCUGCAAGAAUUGUACCAGCAGGGCUUUGUCUUGGCUGCUGUCCACCCUUUCGUGCAACCAACUGAUGAAAAAGAGAAAACUCCCCAGGAACAAAUCUUCAGGGCUGUGCUUAUCAAGAAAACAGAAAGGUCUCCAAAAGGUGACGUCCAUAGUGAAGGAUAUGUCUUGGAGGUAGAGUGCUGCUCUUCUUUAAACCAACUUUCGGACAAACAGGAGAUACCUGAUUUUAUUAAUAAAAUUCAAGAUGCUGCAAGUCAAGGCUUGAAAUUUGUUGGAAUUAUACCUCAGUACCAUUCCCAAAAGAACUGUCUUGACAGUGCCUCCCUGACACCUGCCAGUAACAACUCUGCGCAAUCAAGACGUAAUAAAAACAUUUCAAAUUACACCGAGGAUCAUGCUUCACCGGACAGCGACAAAAUAGAUGGCAUUAAUGGGUGCAGUACUCCAGCACCGAGUGAGGAGAGUGCUGACCAAUGUGCCACAUCCAAGGAGGGCUGGAGAGGUGAAGGACAGGCUGCCGAAGAGCUGAAUCUCAAGUCUGCCAAGGGAAACGAAGGACAGUUUCAGCAUGCGAACCCAGGUGUUACAGAAGCAGCAGACAAGCCAAAUGGACUUGGGGAGAGUGAAACACCAUCACGAUGUUUAAAACCACUUACUGGCAAAGCGGAGAUCUUCGCUCUCUUCAACAAGCCCAAAACCACCCAAAGGUGCAGCCAGUAUUAUACAGUGACUAUCCCUAUGAGAGUCUCCAGGAAUGGGCAGACUGUGAAUGGCUUAGAAGCAAAUUGGCUGGAGCACAUGACAGAUCACUUCAGGAGAGGAGGUUCAUUGGUAAAUGCCAUCUUCAGCCUUGGAAUGGUAAAUGAUUCUUUACACGGGACAAUGGAUGGAGUAUUUCUCUUUGAAGAUGUUGCUGCAGAAGACAGUAAAACCAUGCAGGGCUAUGAUGCAAUUGUUGUAGAGCAGUGGACUGUCCUGAAG